CCUCCUCUUUCACCGCCCUCGUCCCCCACCGUUGAGGCACCUUUAGGGCUGUGGGGUGAAAAUUGCGCCCACGAAAUAUUCGGCCCCUCGAAUUUCACUCCUUCCAACACCAGCCCAUCCAUCGACCUUGCUGUACUCGCACAUCAGCAACAACAGUCAAAAUGGUUUUCCACAAGCUGGUCAAGAACAGCGCGUACUACAGUCGCUUCCAGACCAAGUACAAGCGUAGAAGACAAGGCAAGACCGACUACUAUGCCCGCAAGCGCCUGAUCACCCAGGCCAAGAACAAGUACAAUGCGCCCAAGUACCGCCUGGUCGUUCGCUUCACGAACCGCGACAUCAUCCUGCAGAUCGUGACUUCGGAGAUCAGCGGCGACAAGGUCUUCUGCUCGGCCUACUCGCACGAGCUGCGCGCCUAUGGAAUUGAGCACGGUCUUACCAACUGGGCUGCUGCCUACGCCACCGGUCUGCUUAUCGCCCGCCGUGUGCUGAAGAAGCUCGGCCUGGACGAGGACUUUGCCGGUGUGGAGGAGGCUGAUGGCGAGUACACCCUUACCGAGGCCGCUGAGACGGACGGUGAGGAGCGCCGCCCCUUCAAGGCCUUCCUUGACGUUGGCCUUGCCCGCACUUCGACUGGUGCCCGCGUCUUCGGCGCCAUGAAGGGUGCUUCGGAUGGUGGCAUUCUCGUUCCCCACUCCGAGAACCGAUUCCCCGGCUUCGAUAUGGAGUCUAAGGAGCUCGACGCCGAGACCCUGAAGAAGUACAUCUUCGGCGGUCACGUUGCCGAGUAUAUGGAGACCCUGGCCGACGACGAUGAGGAGCGCUUCAAGGGCCAGUUCGGAAAGUACACUGAGGAUGAUGUUGAUGCUGAUGGCUUGGAGGAUCUGUACGCCGAGGCACACAAGGCUAUUCGCGAGGACCCCUUCAAGAAGGCUGAGAGUGACGCCCCCAAGAAGACCAAGGAGGAGUGGAAGAAGGAGUCCCUCAAGUACCGCACCAAGAAGCUCACCCACGCCGAGCGGGCCGAGAGGGUGCAGGAGCGCAUUGCCAAGCUCCGUGCUGCGGAGGAGUAAAGGGGGGGUUUCGCUAAGUCUACAGGGACAGGUCUCUGGUUCGGAUGGAUGGGUUCAUGACUGCUUGUUCUUUGGGAGUUUUCUCAUUCACACAUCGGAGGGGUUAAUGAUGAAGGUCCAUCAAAAGCCAAUCAAUUUUCCGAGACCAUACUACCACAUUUGGAGGCGGCUGAGGCGGGCACAGGGUGUCGCAGACCCAGCGGCGCCGGGCCAACAUUGCAGACAUGUGACUUACGUUAAAUGCCCGUCAUGGCGUCAUAGCGUUAAGGCCGUCGGCCGCCCUGAAUCGAAACGACGGUGGACGGCCAGACUCGGAUUGCCAAAAUCAGACUGGGAAUGGCAAUAAGUAGCACAGUACACCAUUAGAACCAAUAGGUUCAUUCCAGCCAGUUCUUUUUUUCUUUCUUUUUGUUUGCCCUUUGCUACGUGUAUUGAGUGACACGGAAGGAUUCGGAUCUUCCUGCCACAAGACCCCGCUACCAAGCAGAAGU